UAAUAUAUUGUAAACGCAGUGCCCACUAAGCUUUAUUUUACCUAUUAUCUUACAAAAUACGCAUUUGUUUUAAGCGAAUUCAUAUAUUACGUGUAGUGUACUAACAACCCCACCCCUUAUCCUACUGAUUACUCAUUUGCAGCAAUGUUGAGGCAGAGCAGUGUGAACCUCAGAUAACAUUACAUACGAAGAAGAAGAAGAACUACUAAAAAAGAAUCGAGCGAAAAAAACGGGUUAAAAUAAAAGAAGAGAAGCCACAAAUCCAGCGAAAUGUCACGAAAAAUGCCGAAGUUCUACAAGCUGGACAUAAAUCGCACGGAGUGGGAGAUUCCGGAGACAUACCAAAGCCUUCAGCCCGUCGGGCAGGGCGCCUACGGACAGGUGUGCAAAGCCGUUGUCCGGGGAACCAGCACAAAGGUAGCGAUAAAGAAACUGGCACGGCCCUUUCAGUCAGCCGUGCACGCUAAGCGAACGUACCGUGAGCUGCGUCUACUGAAGCACAUGGAGCACGAGAAUGUGAUCGGUCUCCUGGACGUUUUCCAUCCCGGACAGCCCGCCGACUCGCUGGACCAGUUCCAACAGGUGUACAUGGUGACGCAUCUCAUGGACGCGGACUUAAACAACAUUAUACGCACGCAGAAGUUGUCCGACGAUCACGUUCAGUUCCUGAUAUACCAGAUCUUAAGAGGCUUGAAGUAUAUUCACAGUGCCGGGGUGAUCCAUCGCGAUCUGAAACCGUCCAACAUCGCGGUGAACGAGGACUGCGAGCUGCGCAUCUUGGAUUUUGGUCUGGCACGACCCGCAGAAAGCGAGAUGACUGGCUAUGUGGCCACGAGAUGGUAUCGGGCACCGGAAAUCAUGCUCAACUGGAUGCACUACAACAAGACGGUGGACAUUUGGUCAGUGGGCUGCAUAAUGGCCGAGCUCUUGACCGGACGCACCCUCUUUCCCGGCACCGAUCACAUUCAUCAGCUGAACCUGAUCAUGGAGGUGCUGGGCACGCCGGCGGAGGAGUUCAUGAGCCGCAUCUCGUCGGAGAGUGCCAGAAACUACAUACGCUCGCUGCCAGUGAUGCCGCGACGGAACUUCCGAGACAUCUUCCGUGGGGCCAAUCCGCUGGCGAUCGACCUGCUGGAGAAGAUGCUGGAGCUGGAUGCCGACCAGCGCAUCACUGCCGAGCAGGCGCUGGCCCAUCCCUAUAUGGAGAAGUACCAUGACCCCACUGACGAGCAGACAGCGGCCUUGUACGACCAGAGCUUCGAGGAGAACGAGCUGCCCGUGGAAAAGUGGAGGGAAAUGGUGUUCACCGAGGUGCAAGCCUUCAGGCCCACUCAGGCCUUCGCCGAGCUCCUUCCGAAGGAUCCAUAAAUCAAAUCCCUACAACGAUGCUAUUCUUUUAGAUCAGUCGCAACACCUAGUUCAAGCGGAUGUGCUCAAUCGUGAUUUUUGUAUUCAUCGAAUGUAAACAGUCAAGGAUAUUUAUCUUAAAGUGUUUUUUUCUCCAGUUUAUAUUUAGAUUAACGUCGAGCGUUGCUAGGGUUGAAACGAAACGAACCGAACAAAUGAAACGAAUGAAUGAGAAUGUAUUUUCGAACCUGCAUCGUAUCCGACUUGCAUUCGAUCAAUAAACAGAUUGCGAUUGAACUCUAGGUACACAAAGCACACACUAUAUAUUGUAUAAAAAAAAACAGAGUUAGAGUCACAGCCUUACUGUCCAGUUCAACUUUUUGGUGUUGGUUUUAACAAAUAAUUGUGAAUAGUCUUGUAAAUGUAAAUGUGAGAGUGUAUGUACAUGCGGGAAAGUCCAGAAAAUACACGAUGAGAUGUAUGUAUGCAUGUACAUCUUAGUCUAUAAGCGAGCGCAUCUCGCGGCCAGUAACUUUAAAAAGAUCACUAGUGUCUACGUUGAAUCAAAAUAAACGUGCUAUCUAUUUUACAU